UUCAACUGAGAUGGGAGGCCGGUGGGGUUAAGUAGGCCAUGUUGGGCUAUUUGCUGUUUGGAAGGAUAACUCCCUCUCUUGUGUGCUUCCUUCCAGCUUCAGCGGAAGCGCCACAUUGGGAACGAUAUUGUGGCCAUUGUCUUCCAGGAUGAAAAUACUCCCUUUGUCCCUGACAUGAUUGCCUCCAAUUUCCUGCAUGCCUAUGUGGUAGUGCAGCUUCAUCACCAUGCCCUUGGGGAGACUCUCUACAAGGAGCGGACCCUCAGUGCUCUUCUCGAGGGUCUUUAUGAGGAGCUGCAGAUCCGGAGACGCAGUAUGAUGGGCUUGGCCUCUGGAGAUGAUGACAAGAUAGAGAAUGGGGGUGGUGGCUUCUUUGAGAAUUUCAAGUCCUUUGCCCUGCCUGGGAGAAGCCCGUCGCGCAACCGGGGCAGCCGCUUCAAUGGGAGACGCAGUAGUGCCAUUGGCAUUGAGAACAUCCAAGAGGAGAAGAGUCAGAACACUUACAGCAACGGCUUGAGUUCUGUGAAGUCCUUCCAACAAAAGCAGGUGCGAUUCCAGCAAGUUAUCCUUAAUCACGCUGAGAGCAGACGUUGCUGAAAGAAUACAGAAGGUACUGGAGAGUCCAGGACCCUUCUUUGACCUCAAGUCAGAUGGUUCCUCCAGUCCCAGUUCCCCAGAAUUCCCUAACAGGAAGAGCAACAGAAUCCCCUCCAGCCAGACAUCCGAGUAUUGUGUGAUGCAGCCCUUGUCCCACUCUUCAUCCAAUGUGAGCAGCUGUUGCAGAAGAGUGAGUGAAAAUGGAACGUCUGAGGAGGAGGAGAUUGAGGCGGUCAGUGUGGGGUCUUCUGAGCCCCUUUCACUCUAGUAAUUCCCCUGUCUCAACUGAGUAGAUACAGCAACCCUAAAAGCUCCCUCUUAACAUCUAGUGAUGGGGGCCUCUUUCCCGUUUCUUUUGUGCAAGAGUUGAUGUGUUCCCUUGAAGGUCCCCAGAAGCAGGACACGCUCGCUCAGAGUGCGUGGUUGGACGAUAAUGUCUGUACACCCAGCAGUACCAGCUCACCAGUAACUCGGCCGCUCCCUUCCGGCAGCGGUGCAGGCUCCAUGGAGAAGGGGAAAGGUGGCAAAGUGGAUGUUCAGCGUUACAGCCCAGUAUGUUUCCGUUUUUUCCAUGACAUUCAGGAGGCAGGGAGGUGAUUCGUGGGUUCUUCAUAUCUAGGAAAC